AUGCCAAUUAUCCAUGAUCAGCUCACUGCCAUCUCAGAUGUAGAUUGCAGACGCUUCCGGCAAUUCCACUACCGGGAGGCCGAUGGGCCCCGAGGGGUCUGCAGCCAGCUCCAUGGACUUUGCAGCCAGUGGAUGAGGACGGAGAGGCACACCAAGAAGGAGAUUCUGGACCUGGUGAUCCUGGAGCAGUUCCUGGCCAUUCUGCCCCAGGCAAUGAAGAGCUGGGUCAGGGAAUGUGGGCCAGAGACCAGUUCCCAGGCGGUGGCCCUGGCCGAAGGUUUCCUCCUGAGUCAGGCAGAGGAGAAGAGGCAGGCAGAACAGAUGUGGGCACCAUCCGUGAAGACAGAAGCUGCAGUUCCUGAGGCAGAAGGAGCUUCUUUGGAGCAAGGGCAGAGGGCACAGGCCACGGAGCAGGCCCAAGAUGCCCUCUGCUGUGGUAAAGACCUGUCGUGGCUGGGUGCAACCGUGGCACACUGUGGAUUUGAUGGGGAGAAACUAGUUGGGGGUGAGGAAGAGAAUUAA